GCCCUGCAUGGCAUGGGCAAACCUACGCAGUAUCUAUCAGCGAACGAUGAUGGACACAUCGGGAAAGCUCUUCACUAUUUACAAUUAGAUCAACGGGGAUAGUAAAGACUGCCCCCGGGCCCUAAACUACCAGAAGUUACUAUAUCCGAUGGGCGUCUUCAAGCAUUUAAAUACGUUUUAAAGCGUGUGCAUACAGGAAUGUGCCGUUUUUUAGGGCGAAGACUUUACAUUUACAGCAACCGUAACAUAAUUUGUAUUUCAGCUCAGAACUUUUGGCUAGAAACGCCAUGGUGUAAAAACGGCAUGUCUCGUUUAUUCUGGCCAUGAUGGAUUUUUGUUAUUUACAUAAGUAUCACAAAGGAGCGGAAUGUAGCUCGCCUGUUUCUCCAACUCCAUGAAUAGGUGUUUACGGUGCGUGCAGAACAAACCAGAAUCGUCCCUUACUCUAGUGCGCAGCUGUAAGGCAAUUUGUAUCACAUUCUUUAUGGAAGCAGCAUUUGAUCAACGAGGAAUAUUCGCGGAAUAAGCAUUGUUACCCCUUUAAAAAAAUGUUCGCCACAACAAAGUAGCUUGUGCGAUCGUCGCAUCAAAAGUGGGCUGUUUUUAUUUUUCCCUUUCGCGUAUUGCAUAAAGUGUUUUUUUGUUUUCAAAGCCCAACCGUGAGUAAUCCACUGGGCUACUCUACUAAAAGUUCCGGUGCGUGUUAGGAGCGUACAGUGAAAUCAUGAGGAACAGUGAGGAGGCGGAGGGGUUUCAUGGCGAGGCCUCCAACACUUCCAUGAUCUCGGGAGCAAGUAGCCCAUACCAGCCCACCACCGAGCCCGUACACUCAAGGAAUGUUUUGGGUGGCAUUAGGUGUGACUUUGAGUACCUGAAGUCACACUUUGGCAUAUUAAAGGCCGUUGAAGUGGCCUUGGCCCUCAUAGCCUUCAUCUGCAUAGAGACCAUCAUGCUGUGCCUACCCUGCGGAGGGGUCUACUUCUUUGAGUUUGUCAGCUGCAGUGCCUUUGUAGUCACCGGCGUCCUCCUCCUCAUCUUCAGCCUGAGUCUGCACACCAAAGUGCCCCACGUCAACUGGAGCCUGACGGACCUGGUCAACACUGCAGCCAGCACCUUCUUCUUCUUCCUGGCUUCUGUGGUCCUGGCUGCUCUCAACCACAAGUCCGGUGCCGAGAUCGCAGCAGUGGUCUUUGGCUUCCUGGUGACGUGUGUGUACGCUGUGAACACCUUCCUGGCGGUGAAGAGAUGGCGAAUGGGUGACGGGCGCUCAGUGGCGGUCCAGACCAGUGAGUACAUGCGAGCCCGCACUGCCUCCCGGGGAGAGAUGGAGGCACGGCCUGACCUGGCCUGAUGGAGGUGACAUUCUGAGACCAAGACUGACAUUUAGGGCUUCUAUCCUACCAUACCCUCUCUCCGACUACCCCCUAGUGACAGAACCAAUCACUGUACCCACUCCAUGGAUGAGUAUUGCAGCCUCUUUACUUGUGGUUCUCCCUUGGCGAGAGUGCCUCAAGGCCUGGACCCAGAGCCUGUGUACCAAUACACAGACUGGCUCAGAGAUCUACCUCUGUCGACGGUCAUCAAGAGCAUUGAUUUGAUAUUAAUGAAGUGUUUUUCUGGUUUUGAAUUCAGCUUGCUUUGAAGUCUUGCAUCAGUGUUUGGUAAAUGCUCUUGACUGUGUGACUUGGUAUCUAUGGCCACCAGCACAUACUGUACAGGGUUUGGUGGUUGUUUUAUUUGCAAUACGUACAGGUAGCACUGUCUGUUUUAGAUAUGGAUUAUUAAUUUUUUAACACUACAGAUCUGACACACAAAGAGAACAACAAUUUAAUACAUUCAAUUGAUUGAUAUUUUUUUUUAACAUGAACUUGAGAAAAAAAAAGGACCAAAAAGCUUAGGCCUAUUCGUUACGGCAGGUCAACCGGUUAUUACGUUUAUAAAUUCCGAUACUCCUGAAACACAUUCCUACAACACCGAACCACAUGGACUUUUGAAGGAAGAUUGAAGGUAUUUGUUUUUUACCCCAAAAAAUUAUGAUUUACAGUUUCUUCAGAAAAUAUUCACACCCCUUGACUUAUUCCACAUUUUGUUGUGUUAGUCUGAAUUCAAAAUGGAUUAAAUAGAUUUUGUCUCACCCAUCUACACACAAUACCCCAUAAUGACAAAGUGAAACAUGUUUUUACUUAUUUUUUUUGCUAAUUUAUUGAAAUUCAGGCUGUAACACAACUAAAUGUGGAAAAGGUCAAGAGGUGUGAAUACUUUCUGUAGGCAAUGUAGUUGGUGUGGGUGCUAUUUGUAAACGGUUAAAGAGUACGAAUGUGACGUUUAUAGGUGUUGUACCUAUAGUAUAUCUGGCCUAGUGAGUGACAGACAAAUUGCACAGUGGUACGUUACUAACAUGGUGGUACGUUUGAUAAUUGAACGAAAUACUGAUAAACGGGUGCUGGUCGAGGUCAGCGUCCAUAGCACAUCUCAGGUAUUGGCUGACUCAUCAUUUCUGUUCUAUUGUCUGUUUGAAACUUAAAUGUGGCAACACAUACAUUUGUCAAAAGAUGUUGCCGCCUUAAUAAUUGGGUCCGUGGUAUACUCAUUCACAGAAUGGCGCACCAAUGUAUCUCAGUUGAAUAUGUGAUCUUACUCAUUUUAUAUAGCAUACAUAAUCACAUAUCUUAUUUCAUUAAACACCCUCGCAGUCAAUUUAACUUCCUUUAUUUUUUUUGUUUUGGUACAGACAAACAGAGCAAGGAACAUUGAAUUCACAUUUAUGGAGAUGUAGCCUGUUCAUAUGUGCAAGUUUGUACUGAAUGUGUCUAGGAUGAAGGACUUUUAGAAAUGUUGACAUGUGUUCUGGUCUUUGUAUUUUUUGUUCUAAAUAGUAUUGUGUGUUUACAUCUACACAACAUUGUGAUUCCGGGUGUUCUGUAUCCCACUGACCCUGCUGGUAAUACUGUAUGUAUAUGUGGAUUAUGGUAAAGAUACCCUCAGAGGAACUGCUCACGGUGGAUGCUUUAUAUGUACUGAAGUGCAACCACUCCUAGUUGUGGGACAUCUUACAAAUGUUUUUAAAGAUGCCAUCUUUGUCAAAGUGAUCAUAUUUUGUGUUAAGAGUUGAUGAACCAAUAUUCUUUGUGAGGACAGUGGGAACAAUCUUAAGGCCUAACUAAAUGAAUGACUUUGUAGGUGAGGGCAGGGACAUUGCAAAUCUCAAAUUGCAGAUAUAAUUUGAAUGAAUUGACCGUACUAACUGUUGAUUAUGAUUGAAACUGUGUGAAGAAUAGACAAUCAAAUGUGUGUGUUUAUGUCUCUCUAUUCAGGACUGGGUUGAUUGUUUUAAGUCGUAUAUUAUGCCUUGACUUCAGUAGUGGAUCCAUUUCCUUUAUCUAGCCAUACAUUAUGCUCUAACAUACAGUAAUAGGCCAUGUGAGUGCAUAUGUAAUCCUUGCUUUAACUAGUAGUGAAAUGAUGUGACUAUAGUGGAACAAUACAAGUUAAUGCUUUGUGAAGUCCUUAACAAUCUAGAGCACUCUGUAAAUAUAACCUAAUAUUUUGAGCUGGGUGUAUUUAUUACAGUUUCUUGUAUCAUCCUUAAAGCAACUUUACCAACAGUGCUUCGUGCAGAGGUUAUGGCUUGUGUCAAGGUUUUGAACCACUUAACAUCUGAAAUGGCUUAUCUUAAAGUGAAGACUUAACUGCUCUUAUCUUUUUCAAGUUUGACCUUGAUUUACUGAUACAAGUAUUUAUUGUACUCUAGGAAGCAGUAUUAAAAUCUGUAUUGUUGUAAAGAAUUUUCUGUAGAUUUAACAAAACUAUAGUUUAUGGUGACAACCUUGUCUCAAAAUAAAUUGGUUUGGAAAUA